AUGGUGCUGUUCCCACUCUGCAAACUGCUCUCAGAUGCAGAAUCAGGAAGUGAAGUCAGAGACAUAGGGGUGGGCAGUGUGGAGGAACAGCAACAGCGCCUCCCCCUGGAGACAUCCUGGGGCGCUCCUCUGGUGUGGGGCGACUCUGACGGCUCAGCGUGGCGGAGGGCCGAGUUUGCCCACCGCAGCGUCCGCACAGGCCUGUUGACGCUCGCCGUGGGGCCCUACAGCCACUUCCUGCGCCGCUUCCUCUCCUCGGCCGAGCUCUACUUCCUGCCCGGUAACACCGUGGUCUACUACGUUCUUACAGACAGCCCUCGCGCCCUGGAUCCCCCGACCCCGCUGGGCCCCGGCAGAGAGCUGAGGGUGGUCCCUGUGGCCGAAAUGCCCGGCUGGGAGCGUCUAGCCCAGGGCCGCAUGGCCCUGCUGGCGGCCGCCAUUAAAGAGCCGGUCAGGCACGAGGUGGAGUACGUCUUCUGCAUGGACGUGGACCAGGAGCUGGUGGCCCCGGUGGGAGCUGAGAUCCUGGGGGAGCUGGUGGCCGCACUGCACCCGGAACUCUACGGCAUGCCCCGCCACACCUUCCCGUAUGAGCGCGAGCCCACCUCGCUGGCCCAAGUGGAGGAGGACGAGGGCGACUACUACUACACGUCGGAGCUGUACGGGGGUCUGUGCGCCGAGGUGUACGCCAUGGCCCGGGCCUGCUCCCAGCUCAUCCUCCAGGACCAGGAAAAGGGUCUGAGGGCUCGCGGACUGGAGGAGAGCUACCUCAACCGCUACCUGAUCAACCGCAGGCCCACUUGUGUCCUCUCGCCCGAGUACAGCUGGUGGGACUCAGCCCUGGCCGCCGACGUGCCCACAAGGAGGGUGGUGUCCCUGGGGAGGCAGUGUGACUCCCUGGAGCCACAAAAGAGACAGGAGCAGGACUGCUGA